AGAAAAGGUCUUUUACUGACUGCGGGGAGCUGUCUACGGUGCUGAAGCUUCCCAGGCGUUCAUCUGCAACACCACACGGAGUUAGAUUGCACAUUUUCGUUCCUGGCUUUCUCAUCCCCCAUGCCUUGGAUAAGACUAAUUUCAGGAUCGUGAAAAUCUCUCCGUAUCAUGGCCCACGUGAGACACUUUCGGACAUUAGUUUCGGGAUUUUACUUUUGGGAAGCAACACUGUUACUCAGCUUGGUUGCAACAAAGGAAACAGACAGUGCACGGUCUCGAAGUACUCCAAUGUCACCUUCUGACUUUCUGGAUAAGUUAAUGGGAAGGACGUCAGGAUAUGAUGCAAGAAUCAGACCUAACUUUAAAGGCCCUCCUGUUAAUGUCACAUGCAACAUAUUCAUAAACAGCUUUGGCUCUAUCGCUGAGACAACCAUGGAUUACAGAGUGAAUAUCUUUCUUCGUCAGAAAUGGAAUGAUCCCCGCCUUGCGUAUAGUGAAUAUCCUGAUGACUCUUUAGAUCUAGACCCCUCUAUGCUAGACUCCAUUUGGAAACCUGACUUGUUCUUUGCCAAUGAAAAGGGUGCCAACUUUCAUGAAGUUACUACAGACAAUAAAUUGUUACGAAUUUUCAAGAAUGGAAAUGUUCUUUAUUCAAUAAGGUUGACAUUAACGCUUUCUUGUCCAAUGGAUCUCAAGAAUUUUCCAAUGGAUGUACAAACAUGUAUAAUGCAACUGGAAAGUUUUGGGUACACAAUGAAUGAUCUCAUUUUUGAAUGGCAAGAUGAGGCACCUGUGCAAGUGGCUGAAGGACUCACUUUGCCCCAGUUUCUGCUGAAAGAAGAGAAAGAUUUACGAUACUGCACUAAACAUUACAACACAGGAAAAUUUACAUGUAUAGAAGUGCGAUUCCAUCUUGAACGACAAAUGGGAUACUACCUGAUCCAGAUGUACAUUCCCAGUCUCCUGAUCGUUAUUCUCUCCUGGGUUUCAUUCUGGAUCAAUAUGGAUGCUGCGCCAGCCAGGGUAGCCUUGGGAAUAACUACUGUGCUGACCAUGACCACCCAGAGCUCGGGAUCGCGAGCGUCCUUACCAAAGGUUUCUUAUGUCAAAGCUAUUGACAUUUGGAUGGCAGUAUGCCUCCUUUUUGUGUUUUCAGCACUUCUGGAAUAUGCAGCUGUAAAUUUUGUAUCAAGACAACACAAAGAACUUCUGAGAUUUCGACGAAAGAGAAAGAAUAAGACAGAAGCUUUUGCAUUGGAGAAGUUUUACCGUUUCUCAGACACGGAUGAUGAGGUAAGGGAAAGUCGAUUCAGCUUCACAGCCUAUGGAAUGGGACCCUGUCUGCAAGCAAAAGAUGGUGUGACCCCGAAGGGCCCAAACCAUCCUGUCCAGGUAAUGCCGAAAAGUCCUGAUGAAAUGAGGAAGGUUUUUAUCGACAGAGCCAAGAAGAUUGACACCAUCUCUCGAGCCUGUUUCCCAUUAGCCUUUUUGAUUUUUAAUAUUUUCUACUGGGUUAUCUAUAAAAUUCUUAGGCAUGAGGAUAUUCAUCAGCAACAAGAUUAA